CGUCACUGCUCCACAUUGAGCCCCAGUCUGGACGCGGUUGUAGUGAGUGAGAGAGAGCGAGCGAGCGAGCGUCGUAGUAAAGCGCACACUACUAUGAAGUUCUGUUUGUAACUCAAUUAUUACUCGAGAGGAGACUACCUCGUUUUCCCGCGAACAUUUCUGACAGGAUUGUGCUGUACUUCGGAGGGUUUUCCACCUAAAAGAGCGAUGUCGUCUGCGGCGGUUGCUGCUUCGAGGAGGCAGUCGUGUUAUUUAUGCGACUUGCCCCGCAUGCCGUGGGCUAUGAUCUGGGAUUUUACCGAGCCCGUUUGCAGGGGAUGCGUGAACUACGAAGGAGCAGACAGGAUCGAGUUUGUCAUUGAAACCGCGCGGCAGCUCAAAAGAGCCCAUGGAUUUCAGGACGGCAGACCGGCGGCGAAACAGUUAUCGGGGAAAGAGAUCCAGGCGUUGAAUCACGCGUCUGGAGACCCGGUUUCGCGUCCGCCGCAGCCCUUGGACCGUUACCCGCUGUCCUCGGAGCGUCCACCCAGACUGGGACCGGAAUACCAGUCUGCGAGGCAGGCGAACGGCAUCCCGGUCCCGAACGGAUUCUCAAAACCGGACGAUCCUCCAGAGCUCAACCGGCAGAGUCCAAACCCGCGCAGGACUAGCGGCGUGCCGCCCAAUUUAGUGCCUCUGGUGAACGGCAGCAUGGUUCACGCGAUCAACGGCAGACCCGGUCUCAGCCCCGCCGAUCUCGGCGGGAACAAGCGGCCAGCCUCGGUCUCCAGCACCGAGCACGACAAGGACAAGCUCAGACCGGACAGCCUGACACCGGAGAUCAGCGACAGCCACAAAACUCGCGCAGACGACUGGAUCAAGAACAAAACGUCCCGGGAUUUAAUGGCGCUCAACGCGUUCGACAACAGAUUUAAGAAGGAGCACAUGCAGCAGAGAGUCAUGUACGAAACUAACGCUCCUGCGUCCAAAUCAGAUCGAGGCAAACAUCCCAAGAAUCUGAAGAGAAAAGCCUCGCCGGAGCCGGACGGGGAGGGUGGCACCGCCGCCAAGAUUAACGGAGACGGACAGCAGUGGCUCCCGGCGGGAGACGGAUUGAAAAUGCCCCCAGUGCCACCGCCCAGCUUCUCCUCCCCGCCCUCCACGAUAUCCCCUCACCCUCGCACCACCCCGCCGGAGGCCUCCGGCCAGAACGGAAGUUCGCCCAUCGCGGCGCUCAUUCUGGCCGCGGACAACGCUGGAGGAAACAGCUCGCCCAAGGACGCCAACCAGGUGCACUCGACCACGCGCAGAAACAGCAGCAGCCCGCUUUCUCCCAACCAGCGGCGGCUGGCGCAGGGCACCGUGACCCCUCACGUUCCGGGCAUGGAUCCGGUGCAUCCGCAGAGCAUCCCAGACUCCUCGGUUCCCAGCAGCAUCCCACUGUGCUGCACGCUUUGCCACGAGAGGCUGGAGGACACACACUUUGUGCAGUGCCCUUCGGUGGCGUCUCACAAGUUCUGCUUCCCUUGCUCCCGGGAGAGCAUCAAACAGCAGGGCGCGACCGGAGAAGUGUACUGUCCGAGCGGCGAGAAAUGCCCCCUGGUGGGCUCCAACGUACCGUGGGCUUUCAUGCAAGGUGAAAUAGCCACCAUUCUGGCAGGAGACGUCAAAGUAAAAAAGGAGAGAGACACUUGAUUGCGCUUUCUUUUUUUUUCUUUUUUUUUGAAAAUAUUCUGGUCUAUAUAAAUAUAUAAAUAUGAAUAUCCCAUGCAUACCAUCCAGACAGAAACUAACGGACUUGUAUAUAAUGGACAUGAGGGACAUGCAUACUUGGUAAACAUUGCUGUACAUUUUUUUGAUUUUUGAAUACAUUGUGUUUCUAUAUUUUUUGAAGAUAAAAGGUAUGUACUCAUUAUAACGGACUACGUUCUUUGUCGAUGUUUAACGAUUUCUUGAUGUACUUUUAGGUAUGGUGGCAGUUCCUGUUAAACGUAGAAUGUGACUAAUGCAACUCUACGAGCACUUGGCAAACAUUGGAAAACGCUUCUAGCUGUACUUGUAUGCACUUGUUUAAAAUUGCCAAAUACAUUUUCUGAUCUUGUAUUAA